UGUUAAAAAAAAAAUCCAAUAUUUGUGAUUAGGGAUGUGAUGGGAGAGUAAUAGUUAUGAAUGAAUAUAAAUAAGGGGAAGGAGUGGUGGAUGGGAGCAUCGCAUUUCCAAAUGGAGUUGGCUAACACAGCAAAGUGCUUAUUGUUGGGUGUUGUGAUUCUGUGGAUUCAAAUCCAUGGAAACAAAGGUUGCUUUGAAGAAGAGAGAUUGGUUCUCUUAGAUUUCAAGGCAUUUGUUGGAUCAAAUGGGUUCGACGCAGACCAUCUUCUUCCUUCAUGGAUUGAUGAUCCAACCAGCAAUUGUUGUCAAUGGGAGCGUGUUAUGUGCAACUCAACUACAGGUCACGUGACUGAACUCUCGCUCAACAAUACACGACAAUAUGAUAUGGAGAGUUAUUCAUUUUAUAAUGAUGAAAAUAUUUGGUAUGUAAACUUGUCAAUGUUCCAGCAACUGAAAGAGCUCAAAACUCUUAAUUUAUCCUACAAUCAUUUCGAUUGUUCCAUUGAUGACCAAGGUUGUGAAAGUUUAUCAAAACUGAAGAAACUUGAAGUUUUGGACCUUACUUGGAAUAGAUUCAAUAAUAUCAUCUUACCAUCAUUGGGUACUCUUUCAUCACUUAAGACUUUGAUUCUUAAUCGCAAUAGAAUGGAAGGUUGUUUUCCUAUACAAGGUAUGUUUGAUCUUUAAAAAUCAUUCAAUCUUAAAAUUCAAUUAAACUCACUCAACCAUGCUCUCUGUUUUCAAGUUUUAUUUCACAUUAUUAUUUUUUUUUCUGCUCCUACUGUAAGUGCUGUUUUUAAUUAUAUAAACUAUAGGUAAACUUUAAAUUCCUAUAGAUGAAUUGCCUUUACAUUUGUAAAAUAAAUAUUUUUUUAUAAAAAAUUAACUGGAAUUGUCAAAUGAUAGUUCUGCAAAAUCAAAUUCAAAUGUUUUUUAGGCAACUUAGAAUUAUGGAUUUGAAAUUCAAUGAAUUGGCUUCUUGCAAGUGAUUAAUUAAUUAAUUGUGACAUAAAAUAACAUACAAAUUGUAUGGUAUACAGGUUUUCUAAAAUUAAAGGAGUUGGAUUUAAGUGUUAACAAAUUCAAUAAUAGCAUUUUUUU